AUGGGAAACACCAGCGAGCGUGUGUCUGAGCGGCACGGGGCGAAGGCUCAGCGCUCAGACAGCGGAGGACAUAAAGACCUGGAGCCCGGGAAAAUGAUGGACAGCACCGACGACCCCAAUAUUUUCAACACACACGGGCCAGAAUCUAAAGCCGCGGGCGAGAAGGACUUCGCCCCAGAUUUAGAGGAUAUGGUGAAGACGUGUUCUCAGGCUCGACCCACCGUGAUCCGCUGGGCUGGAGGAGGGAGAGAGGUUUACAUCACCGGCUCCUUCAACAACUGGAGCUGCAAGAUCCCGCUCAAUAAGAGCCAUAAUGAUUUUGUAGCCAUCUUGGACCUGCCUGAGGGCGAACAUCAGUACAAGUUCUUCGUUGAUGGCCAGUGGCUUCAUGACCCGUCUGAGCCGGUUGUCACCAGUCAGUUGGGCACCAUUAACAAUCUGAUCCAUGUGAAGAAAUCAGAUUUCGAGGUGUUUGACGCACUGCAGGUGGACUCUCUGGAGUGCUCCGACACGUCAGAUCUGUCCAGUUCUCCGCCUGGGCCGUACAGUCAGGAGGUGUACAUGUUCAAACCCGAGGAACGCUUCAAAGCUCCACCUAUCCUGCCUCCACACCUGCUGCAAGUCAUACUCAACAAGGACACCAACAUUUCUUGUGAUCCUGCCUUGCUGCCAGAACCCAACCAUGUGAUGCUGAAUCAUCUGUACGCGCUCUCGAUAAAGGAUGGUGUGAUGGUUCUCAGUGCAACUCACCGUUAUAAGAAGAAAUAUGUGACGUCUCUUCUGUACAAGCCUAUUUAAUGAGCUCUGGAUGCACACCAUCUACAGUCUGAGAUUGCACUAUUAACCCGCGAUACGUACAGCGGACCUGUCAGCUUGAGACUUCAACAGUGUGUGUGUGUGUGUGUGUGUGUGUGUGUGCGCACGUCUUUUAUCUGCCGUCAUCACAGGGACAUCUGAGCUUAGGUGCAGCGUUUUGCGAUUGCAAUCCAGAUUAUUUUCUGUCCAAAGCGCUUUAUGAAAUUCUGCAAAACACACAGGGAGUUUAUAAUCAAAAGCGAGUUCAAGUUUUGAGUUUUAGCACAGAUGAACUUUGAAUGCAGUGUUUCAUUCUAAGCUUUUAUAGUCAUAAUUCAUUUUAUAAAGCGAGUGAAAGACUUGCUUAUGUGUCGUUUCCAGAACGAAAGGACGUUUCAGCCACAGCGGCGUUGAGUUUUUGCUCGCUUCGGCGCCACUGAUGGAUGUGCUUUGAGCAGAGUUACUAUGUUAGGAUUUCAACGAUAGAAAACUUUAGGAGUGGACUGAACAGGUUAAAAACAUUUACAGCGGCAUCACAGAAUGUCACAAACAGAUUUGAACUGUGAGUUUGUGGACU